ACCAUGCAGAUUUUCGUCAAGACCCUCACGGGCAAGACGAUCACCCUCGAGGUGGAGUCUUCGGACACCAUCGAGAAUGUGAAGGCCAAGAUUCAGGACAAGGAGGGCAUCCCGCCCGACCAGCAGCGCCUGAUCUUCGCGGGCAAGCAGCUGGAG